AUGGCCUCUUUUGGACAGCUUAUCAACGCGUUCCUGAAAGCCUCGCAAGAAACAGCCGUCGGAUUCGCGAAUCACAACUUUGACUUUGCCAUUGUUAAAUACGGUGCUCCUCAUAAACAUUUGGGCUUAAGCGAUGCAUUAUCAAAGCGUCUUAAAGAUUAUGCUGAGGAUGGACCUCUCCAUAUUACCGCACGAAAGUUGGGAGCACUCUUUCAGUGUGUUAUACCUGACGUCCCCAGCUUAGUUCAAGCAUAUGGAUCGCGGGCGAGUGAAAUCGCUGAACUGCCUGAAGUCAAUCCCAAAGCCAGCGCAAGCCAUGGAGCUUUCACAGAACACGGGCCGCCGAUGGCGCGACGAUAUGUGCCGCAGCAACAUCGGGGAAAGAGACAGCUGCAAUGA